AUGGCUAGGCUUGUUGACGAUGCCGGCGAAAUGAUUGGACACGUACCAAGUUUACUGUUCACUGUUUUAGGUAUUCUUGCCAAUAUGCCUAAAUUGCCUGUCCUCGUUGUAAAUGAAGCUGGCCAAGAAGGGAGGAUGUCUCGUGCACUGCAUCAAUCUGAACGCCGUAUGAAAGCCAAACGGCUGCAGAACAACGGGAUUCAUCCGUCCUCUUCUGGAAUGAGACCAGGCUCUGAUGAUGUCCAUCGUAAGAUGGGCGGAAGCGCAGCCUUUUUUCACUUGAAACGAUGGCGUAGGUCUCAUGGACUGCGUAAAUCUGAACGCCGUAUAAAAGCCAAACGGCUGCAGUACAACGGGAUUCAUCCGUCCUCUUUUGAUGAGAUUGACCUACGAAUCUCUUCUUCAUGCACGUUCAUACGAAAUGAAAGUCCCCCAACA